GAAAUUAUUAAUUCAAUCUUCUUCCAUGUCUUAAAACCUUCACUUUCACUAUCCUUUCACGCCAUUUCCCCCUCAACAUAAAGACUAGAAACUCUAUUUCAUUUCAUCCUAAAACCCCCCCUUAUAUAUCCCUCCCUCCAUCUGCCUGCAAACCCUCAAACCAUCUGCCACUUCCUUCUUGCUUUCCUCUGUUUUCGAAAAUGAGAGAAAUCCUCCAUCUUCAAGCAGGACAGUGUGGAAACCAAAUCGGGGCUAAGUUUUGGGAAGUUGUUUGUGAUGAACACGGCAUAGAUCCCACUGGAAACUACACCGGAACUAGUAACCUUCAACUCGAAAGAGUUAAUGUUUACUACAACGAAGCGAGCGGCGGCCGAUACGUUCCGAGGGCUGUUUUGGUUGAUCUUGAACCAGGAACCAUGGACAGCCUCAGAACAGGUCCUUACGGGAAUAUAUUCAGGCCUGAUAACUUUGUUUUUGGGCAAAAUGGAGCUGGAAACAACUGGGCUAAAGGCCAUUACACCGAAGGUGCUGAAUUAGUUGAUUCUGUUCUUGAUGUGGUCAGAAAAGAAGCUGAGAAUUGUGACUGUUUACAAGGGUUUCAAGUUUGCCAUUCUCUUGGAGGAGGGACUGGAUCUGGAAUGGGAACCCUACUGAUAUCAAAGAUCAGGGAAGAGUAUCCUGACAGGAUGAUGUUAACUUUCUCUGUGUUCCCUUCACCUAAGGUCUCAGAUACAGUGGUUGAGCCCUAUAAUGCCACUCUCUCUGUGCACCAGUUGGUGGAGAAUGCUGAUGAGUGCAUGGUUUUGGAUAAUGAAGCACUCUAUGAUAUCUGCUUUAGAACCCUCAAGCUCACCAAUCCCAGCUUUGGUGAUCUCAACCACUUGAUUUCUACAACCAUGAGUGGAGUUACAUGCUGCCUUCGCUUCCCCGGCCAGCUCAAUUCCGACCUCCGAAAGCUAGCUGUGAACCUCAUCCCUUUCCCACGACUCCACUUCUUCAUGGUUGGUUUUGCACCCUUGACUGCUCGUGGCUCGCAGCAGUACCGUGCACUCACCAUCCCUGAGCUCACACAGCAAAUGUGGGAUGCCAAAAACAUGAUGUGUGCUGCUGAUCCUCGCCAUGGUCGAUACCUAACUGCCUCAGCUUUGUUCCGUGGCAAGAUGAGUACCAAGGAAGUUGACGAACAGAUGAUAAAUGUACAGAACAAGAACUCAUCCUACUUUGUUGAGUGGAUUCCAAACAAUGUUAAGUCAAGUGUUUGUGACAUUCCACCAACUGGGUUGUCGAUGUCUUCGACAUUCAUGGGAAACUCAACCUCAAUACAAGAGAUGUUUCGACGAGUCUCCGAACAAUUCACGGUCAUGUUCAGGAGGAAGGCGUUUUUGCAUUGGUACACAGGGGAGGGAAUGGAUGAGAUGGAGUUUACAGAGGCUGAGAGUAAUAUGAAUGAUUUGGUAUCAGAGUACCAGCAGUAUCAAGAUGCUGUAGCAGAGGAUGAGGAGGAAGAUGAUAUGCUGGAGCACGAAUAAGAGUGGAAUUGAAGAUGUGUCCUGCUAAAUUUCUGUCUCAGUCGCUAAGUAUAUGGGCUUUGGGGUGAAUAAGUUCUUGUUUGAUGAUGUGAGUUUUGGUGUAUUGAUGUGCUAAAUUUGUUGUUGCGUUAAAUUAUUGAUAUAUGGCAUGAGUUCUGCAAGUAUGAUGAAAAUUUAAAUGAAAAAGUUUGAUAUUUCUUGCUGUAAA